AUGGCACUGACCCCUGAGACCUCAGACUCGUCGACAAGUCUGCUUUCGAGAUGCUACACUCAAGAGCCCAUUGCCAUUGUGGGCAUGGCCUGUCGACUUCCUGGCCAAAAUGACUCGCCCCAUCGCUUAUGGGAGUUCCUUAUGAAGGGUGGUGUGGCAGGUACAGAAGCUCCCGAAACGCGGUUCAACCGAAAAGGCCAUUACGAUGGCUCAGACAGGCCACGCACUUCACGAUCCUCUGGCGCCAUGUUCAUGGAAACCGUGGAUCCUGCCGCUUUUGACGCCAAAUUUUUCAACAUAACUCCCCAAGAUGCGAUAUCAAUGGAUCCUCAACAACGGAUACUGUUAGAGGUCGUCUAUGAAGCGCUCGAAAACGCUGGCAUUUCUCUCGAGUCAAUCUCGGGCGAGAAGUAUGGCUGCUAUGUGGGUGCUCACCCCGGAGAUUACUGGGAUAUCUUCGCACGCGACCCUGAUGCGCGACCGCCCAACGUAGGUAUUGGGUGCUCUGGAACGAUGUUGAGUUGCAGAGUGAGCCAUUUCUUGAACAUCAAGGGUCCCAGCAUGCCCAUUGAUACGGCUUGCUCCAGCUCGUUAGUGGCUAUGGACGUCGCUUGCAGAGCUCUGCAUACUGGAGAGAUCAACGGAGCAAUUGUGGCAGCAUCUAGCCUAAUUCUCAAUCCGGAAUAUGCUUGCGAAGGUGGCACAAUCAGAUAUACGCACUCUCCCACCGGUCGCUGUCAUGUCUUCGAUGCUAAGGCCGACGGCUAUGUGCGAGCGGAGGGCAUGAAUACGGUUAUUUUGAAACGCCUCGAUGACGCACUCCAAGAUGGCGAUCCAAUCCGAGCUGUCAUUCGAGGAAUUGCAAACAACCACAAUGGUCGCACCCCGGGUAUUGCCUCUCCUAGCGGCGACGGCCAGGCCGCAGCCGUGCGACAGGCCUACGCGAAUGCAAACAUCACAGACUUUUCUCAGAUCGGAUACCUUGAAUGCCAUGGAACCGGCACUCUGGUCGGCGAUCCGAUCGAGACUGAGGGUGCUUCCUCGGUCUUUGCGCCAUAUAGACCAGAUGACCGACCCCUGCGGAUAGGAUCGAUCAAGAGUAACAUUGGACAUUCCGAGCCAGCCGCAGGCUUGUCGGGAAUUUUGAAGGCAGUAAUGAUCCUCGAGACUGGGAAGAUUCCAGGCAAUCCGACAUUUCUUACACCAAAUCCCAACAUCGACUUCAAGAAGUUGAAACUAGAAGCCUCACGGCAUGUGACAGACUUUCCCGACAUGCCAUUCCGCCGUGUUGGCGUCAACUGUUUUGGUUUCGGUGGGUCGAAUGCGCACGCGAUCCUUGAGGAACCAAGCGUUGUUCUCCAGGGCUAUAAACCGACAUAUACAUCCUCAUUCCAUAAUAGCUUGGGUGAUGAGGAAGAAGCGACCACCACUCGACCUUAUCUGCUGUGCUUUUCAGCCAAUGAUGAGGCAUCACUCCGUCGCUACAUAAAAAACAUGACCCAGCAUACGGAGGAUGAAAAAGUCAAGCUCAAACUGCGAGACCUUGCCUAUACGCUCGGUACCCGAAGAAGCCAUCUUUUCAAUCGAGCUUAUAUGAUUGCCGAUAGCGCAAGCUUCUCGCAGCCUACCCUCGUCACGUUUGGCAAGAAAAGCGCCCGGCCGCCUCAGGUCGGUUUCGUCUUCACGGGCCAGGGAUCUCAAUGGCCAGAGAUGGGCCGUGAGCUACUUCAGGCAUUUGAGCCUGCGCGUGAGAUGAUUGGGAAUCUUGACAGCGUACUCCAGUGCUUACCCGACCCGCCGAAAUGGACUCUGUUUGAGGAGCUGACCACUGCUCGAGAUGCGGAGCAUGUACGGAAACCUGAAUUCAGCCAGCCGCUUGUGACAGCACUUCAACUCGCUUUGAUUGCGGUUCUUCGUGGUUGGGGAAUUGUGCCGAAUGCUGUUGUCGGCCACUCGUCUGGUGAGAUCGCGGCCGCCUAUGCCGCUGGGUACCUGACAGAGGCGGAGGCUAUCAUCAUCGCGUACCACCGAGGGAACGCAUCUGCGGAUGAGAAGCAGGAUGUCGAUGCACUGGGAAUGUUGGCCGUAGGCAUCGGAGCUGAUGAAAUCGUCCCGUUCAUGGAUGGCUGCGAAAAUGUUCAGAUCGCUUGUUACAAUAGCCCCAAAAGUCUUACGUUGUCUGGCAGUAAAGCAGGACUCGAGGAGGUAAGGUCGCGACUGCUAGAAGCAGGUGUCUUUGCGCGCAUGCUGCAGGUCGAUAUGGCCUAUCAUUCUGCGUACAUGGAAAGUAUUGGAGUAGCCUACGAGAGGCUGUUGGCGAGAGAUCUGCCUCCAACCUUCCACGGCAACAGGGCACUUGACUCAGUGUCCAUGUUUUCGUCGGUUCAUGGCUCGAAGCAAGAGCAGGCACCCGACGUUCAUUACUGGAAGACUAACAUGACAUGCCCCGUUCGAUUCGACGACGCUGUUCGCUGCAUGCUGUCCGAAGAGUCUCCCAUUGACAAACUCAUUGAGAUUGGUCCGAGUGGUACCCUCAAAGGACCUAUUGCACAGAUCACGGGUAGCAUGGGCAGCAAGGUGACGGGUACUGCCUACCUCGCAGCGCUCAAACGAGGUCAAGGCUCGAUCCGCGCGACGCUUGAAGUCGCCGGUGAGCUAUACCUCUCCGGUCUCCCCAUUGACAUGGCACAGGUCAACGAAGAUGCGGAGCCCUCCGCGCCGCGUAUCGUCAUCGACCUGCCCAACUACUGUUGGAACCACUCCUCGAGGUACUGGAAUGAAAGCGCCGCCAGUCGGGAUUGGAGGUUCAAGAAGUUUGUUCAGCACGAUCUGAUCGGCAGCAAGGUCCUCGGCACAUCCUGGCGGGCACCAUUGUUCAAGAAGACGAUGAACUUGACCAACCUGCCGUGGCUGAAGGAUCACCGCAUUGGCUCGAACGUUGUCUUUCCGGGUUCCGGCUACCUCUCCAUGGCUAUUGAAGGAAUUUACCAGUUACAGUCAAUGAACGGCCUAACCUCUGCUGAGACCGCGAGUGAGCUAUGCUAUCACUUACGUAAUGUCCGCUUCGAAAUGGCUCUCACGCUUGAAGAAGGAAUCGAACCAGAUGUAUACUUAUCUCUCAACCCUCUCCCGGGAUCCAAGGAUGUGUGGUACGAAUUCUUAGUGUCAUCCAGCCAUGCUGGCGGUGCCACAAUCAAGCACGCGGGUGGUCAGAUCCGCGUCCAAGACCCUAUUUCCGACGUCGCCUCCAGAAGAGACAUUGCACCUCUCGUAAAUCCUACGGCCGGAGAUCUCUGGACCAAGGCGUUUGCCGAAAUGGGAUUCGAAUACGGCCCGGCAUUCUACCUACUCGAAAAAGUCGAGGCGCACGCGGGCAAGCGUUAUUCUCGUUCUCUGGUGACGCUCUCUGAGCCUUCUGCCGCUGGGAAGGCUCAGUCCCACUAUCCUUACCAUCCUGCAGCUCUUGAUGGCAUCUUUCGAGCGACAGCCCCCGCAUUCUGCGAAGGACUUCGUACACGCCUCAAGGAACCUCUUGUUCCAUCAGCAUUCGACGACCUGAUCAUCAACCCGAACCCGAAUCGCCCGGCCUCGGGAAUGGCUGUCGCAACCAGUGCAUACUCCGGCAGAGGGCGCGAGGAUACUGGAAAGAGCUUUUGGUCUGACGUCUCCAUGUACGACCCUGAUACCGGGGUGCUGCUCAUGCAGUUGAAGAACUUUUCAACCCAUCUUAUCGACCUCGGGGUGGAUCCCAUUGCAUCACAGUGGCUGACCCGCGACGUUUGGAAGCCGGAUGUUACCACUUUGAUGUGUGACGCGCUGUCAAAGCUGAAUGUCCCUCGGGAGGAGUCGGUACCGUAUCUUCUUGAUUUGAUGACUCACAGGAAUCCUGCCUUGGCUAUCUUAGAGAUCAACCUAGGAACAGGAGCUGAAACUAGCACGUGGUUUGAGAGAAAGGGCUCCACUGCUACGGAAUCCUACCGUAAAUACUGCUGCUUGGGAGAGGACAUCGAGGCACUUGACCGAUUUCAAGCUCGCUAUCGGGAAAGGAAGAACGUUUCUUUCUCCGUCUACGACCGAGAAGACGCGGCUCUUGGACUAGACUCUGCAGAGGCUUUUGAUGUUAUCAUUGUUAACUACAGCACUGACCAGGAGAUAGCUUCUCUAUUGAGGACCGCGAACGCUCUCCUCUCACCUGAGGGCCGUAUUUUACUCACGGGGCUAAAAGCUCAAAAUGCGGCGGACCAAUCAGCGCAGAUUGAUGAAAUUGGGUUCUCGCAGGUCUUACCAAUCCCUCAAGCCGACAGCCUGGCAUAUCUAUGUGGUUCAUACCCGGCCGCCAAGAAGAGUGAAAUUUCCAGAUCGCUUCAUGUGUUUCACAUGGAGCCAUCCACAUGUCUGACUCAGGCGAUCCGGGCACAUUUUCACGCGGCCGGCUGGGAUGCAAUCGAGCAUGUCUGCAGCCCUGACAACAUUCCCGAGUCCAGCACUGUCUUGGUCAUUGAUGAGCUUUUUGCCCCAGUCCUGCCUCAGAUCUCAGACCAGCAAUGGCAGUGUCUGCGUGGACUCGUCGGACGAGGCUGUAAGAUCUUAUGGGUCACACACGGAGGACAAAUGCAAGUGACGGAGCCAGACAACGCUAUGAUCACUGGUCUCUUCCGCUCAAUCCGAUCUGAAGAUCCGUCGGCGGUGGUCAUGACGCUGGAUGUCGAGAGCCGGGAUGAUCCUUUUGCACCGAGCGCCAUCGUGCACGCCUUAGCUCAAUUAAGUCGUCAGCAAGCCCGCUGGGUUACAGACUGCGAGUACGCCGAGCGCAAUGGCAUCAUCCAUAUCCACCGCGUUGAACCAUAUAAGCGUCUGGACAAAGCCAUGGAAAAAGAAACCGACACCCCAGUCUUGACUCGGAUCCACGAUCUCGAUUCAACUGUCCAGCUUCGAGCCGAGAGACUAGGCACACUUGACGGACUUACCUUCUGCGAAAUCGCCGAAGCCGCCUUACCAGAUCAUGACGUCGAGAUUGAAGUGCGGGCUAUUGGCCUCAACUUCAAGGACGUGGCCGUCACGAUGGGUAUUGUACCUGAGAACGAGUACCUUCUUGGCUUGGAGGGCGCGGGCAUCGUAAGACGGGUGGGAGCUGGACUGUCCCUGGACCUUGUAGGCAGUCGCAUGGCUUUCAUUAUCAAGGGAUCGUUGGCAAACCGAGUCCAGGUGCCGAUUGGUUACACUCAUGAAAUUCCGGCGUCCAUGUCGUUCGAAGAGGCGGCUAGUAUGCCGGUGGUUUACUCCACGGCAAUCUACUCCCUGUUCAACGUUGGCAAUCUUCAAAAGGGCCAGAGGGUAUUGAUUCACUCGGCAGCCGGAGGCGUGGGUAUCGCUUGCAUCCAGCUUGCGCUCUACACCGAAGCAGAGAUAUUUGUCACGGUCGGCACCGACGAGAAGCGACAGUAUCUGCACGAGACGUUCGGCAUUCCAUUCGACCGCAUGUUCACUUCCCGGAGUACUGCGUUUGCUGCGGAGAUCAUGAAAGUCACGAAUGGCGAGGGUAUCGAUGUUAUUGUGAACUCACUGACGGGCGAGUUGCUCGAUGCUACCUGGCGAAUCUGUGCCGACGGAGGCACGAUGGUCGAAAUCGGCAAGCGGGACAUUGUCGAGCGCAAUUAUCUCUCGAUGGAGCCGUUCGAUCGCGGCUGUUCUUACCGGGCCGUCGAUCUCUCUCAUGCGAAGAUCAUGCGUGAUGGAGUGCAUUUCAAGCUCAUGAAGCGCAUCUUCGAACUCAUCGCCGGAGGACAUAUCACUCCCAUCACACGCAUUACGCCGUUUUCGAUGACCCAGAUCCCCGAGGCAUUCGCCUAUCUCCGGAGCGGCAAGCACAUCGGCAAGAUCGUCAUCAGCGACGGUGCAGCGACAGCAGACGUAGCAGUGCCCGUCCGCCGGUUGCAGCACAACGUGACCAUCACCGACACCUCGGCCUUCCUCAUCGUCGGCGGCCUCAAAGGCCUCUGCGGCAGCUUUGCUAUGCGCCUUGCCUACCGCGGGGUGCGUCACAUCGUGAUCAUGACCCGCAGCGGCUGCCGCGACCCACGCUCGCAGGCCGUGAUCGCGCAAUGCCGCUCACUGGGCUGCGAGAUCUACGACUGCCGCGGGGACGUGGCGCGCAUCGUGGACGUGCGACGGGCCUUCACGCGCGCCCCCUACCCAAUUCAAGGAGUCAUCCACGGCGCAAUGGUCCUCCGCGACCGGCCAUACGAGACGAUGACGGUCCGGGAAUUCCACCAAGCGAUUGAAGCCAAGGUGCACGGCGCAUGGAACCUGCACAGCGUGGCGACCGAGAAACGCCUCCCGCUGGACUUCUUCCUGUGUUUGUCCAGCAUCUCCAGCGUGGUCGGCAGCAAGGGCCAGGCCAACUACGCCGCGGCCAACAGCUUCCUCGACUCCUUCGCCGCGUACCGCCGCUCCCUCGGCGCCCAGUGCCUGACGGUCAACCUCGGCGUGAUCGAGGACGUGGGCGUCAUCGCCGAGUCAGACGCCCUCUCGCAGCGCUACCAGCGCUCCAUCGAGACCACCGCCAUCCCCGAGAGCGCCCUGCACGCGAUCCUCGAUGCGGCACUGUGCUGCCAGGCCAGCAUCACUACCGACCCCAAAAACCCACCGAUCGCGCAGAUGAUCACCGGCCUCGCCCUCCCGCAAGACCCCGAGCAGUCUAUGCUGCGCUUCGAUCCGCGGUUCCGCACGCUCUUCGCCGUCAACGGCGCCGAGUCAUCCUCUACCGCGGGUGGAUCCGAGAGUAAGACCGACCCCCUUGCGCGCGCGGUGCAGCAAUUCCACAGACUGGUCCAGGUAGACAAAGAGACGGAGCCCGACGAGCAGCUCGUGCAGAAGACCUGUCUGGAGAUCCUGGGCACGCGGCUGGCGCAGAUGCUGCGGUGGGACGACUCGCAGCAGGUGGAGCCGGGGCAACCCCUGUCGGUGUACGGAUUGGACUCGCUGGCGGCGGUGGAGUUGCGCAACUGGAUCAAGGCGGAAAUGGGGGCGAACGUCAGUACGUUGGAUAUUGUGAACGCGGAUAGCUUAGUGAUGUUAGGGGGCAGAGUGGUGGCUAAGUUGCGGGCUGAGCGGGAGAGGGGGGUGGAUCGAUAG